AUGCCAUCCCCCAAGCAAGAAACGUACGGCGACCUAGGCCCCUGGGCCGAACCCUCAUGGUACACCUCGCUCUCCUCGCCCUACUACACCGCAUCCCAUAAAAAACUGCGCAACGAGAUGCGCACCUAUAUCGACGAGCACGUAAAACCCUACAUGCUCUCGUGGGAAGAAGCCGGCGAAGCUCCCGCCGCUGAACGCUUAAAAUGGGCACAAACAGGCUUUGCAUUCGCAGACAUCCCCGAGCCGUAUCGCGCAGCCAAUGUACCGGGGCCGGCGGGGAUACCGGUGAAAGAGCUGGAUGCUUUCCAUUUGCUGAUUAUGAAUGAUGAGGCUAGUCGGGUUGAGGGCGGGGUGGCGACAGCGCUGGCGGGCGCGAGUGUGAUUGGGGUGCCGCCGGUGGUGCAUUUUGGGACGGAGGAGCAGAAGAGGAGGUGGUUGCCCGGGUUGUUUACGUGGGAGACGAGUUUUUGUCUUGGGGUGACGGAGCCGGGUGGUGGUUCCGACGUCGCCAACCUCCAGACCACCGCCACAAAAUCCCCCGACGGCACCUCCUACACCAUCAACGGCUACAAAAAAUGGAUUACCGGUUUCCCCUGGGCAACGCACAUGACAACCGCCGUCCGCACCGGCGGCCCCGGCGCAGCAGGCCUCUCCCUCAUCGUCAUCCCAACAAACUCCCCCGGUAUAACCCACCGCCGCAUCUCCAACAGCGGCCAAAAAGCUGGCGGCGCCUCCUUCGUCGAACUCGACAACGUCGUCGUCCCCGCCGACCACCUCAUCGGCGCUGAAAACGCAGGGUUCCCCAUCAUAAUGCGGAAUUUCAACCGCGAACGCUACAUACUCGCCGUAUCCUGCAACCGUAAAGCGCGAACGUGUCUGUCCGAAUCCAUGGCGUAUGCGCGGCAGAGAGAAACGUUCGGGAAGCCGCUGGUGGAGAACCAGAUUAUACGGAGUAAGCUGGCGACGCUGGCAAGGUACGUAGAGUCGCAUUGGGCGUGGUUGGAGCAGUUGGCGUUCCAUGUGCAGAAUGCGCCUAAGGGAUGGAUGGAUCCGGGGAUUGCGGGGCAGAUUGCGCUGUGCAAGGUACAUGGGGGUAGGAUACUCGAGUUGGCGGCGAGAGAGGCACAGCAGGUGUUUGGGGGCGCGGGGUAUCAGAAGGGUGGGGGACCCGGGGCGGUGGUGGAGCAGAUUAGUCGGGAUUUGAGGAUGAUGGUGGUGGGAGGGGGGAGUGAGGAGAUUAUUGCGGAUUUGGCGGUCAGGCAGGAGGUUGGGCUUGCGAAGGCGAGGGGGUGGAAGUUGUGA